UCUCUCCCUAUUUUUAUCUUCCGAAAGUCACACUCACUAUCAUCCUCCCUCCUCUCCUGCACUUCCCCCAAACAAAAUCCUCUCCCUUCUCUCUAUCUUUCUUCCCCCAUUUUUGAUCUUCCAAAGUCACUCUCUCAAUAUCAUCACCCUCCCUCCUCCUCCUCCUCCUCCUCCUCCACCUCCCCCGACCAAAGCAAACCGAGUCUCUUUCUCUCUCUCUCUUAAAGGAGAAGAAGAAAGAAGGGUUGGUGAUAGAGGAUAUAGACUAAGAAGGGAUGGCGCAGCUUAUGGUGGACAAGUGCGGGGAGGGCUUGCUGGUGGCGGUGGAGGCACAGAAGGCAGUUCCGGCGCCGUUCCUGACGAAGACAUACCAGCUGGUGGACGACCCCGCCACCGACCACAUCGUGUCGUGGGGCGACGACGACUCCACCUUCGUCGUGUGGCGUCCCCCCGAGUUCGCCCGCGACCUCCUCCCCAACUACUUCAAGCACAACAACUUCUCCAGCUUCGUCCGCCAGCUCAACACCUACGGUUUUAGGAAGAUAGUACCAGACAGGUGGGAAUUCGCCAACGAGUUCUUCAGGAAGGGCGAGAAGCAUUUGCUCUGCGAGAUUCACCGCCGCAAGACCGCCCAACCCCAACUCACCCACCACCACCCGCACUCCGCCUCCCCGCUUGGCGUCCCCACCUCGGGCUUCUUCCCUUUCCCAAGCCGCCUCAGCAUCUCUCCCUCCGACUCCGACGACCAGCAUUCCCCCCACUGGUGCGACUCGCCGCCCCCUCCCCCUCCACCACCGCUCUCUUCUCCCCGAAACGGCUGUGGCGGCCACAACAACAGCGUGGGGCUUGUCGCGAGCGCCGCCAAUUGCGGCAGCUCCGCCGUCACUGCCCUAUCCGAGGACAACGAGAGGCUGCGGAGGAGCAACAACAUGCUCAUGUCCGAGCUCGCGCACAUGAAGAAGCUCUACAACGACAUCAUCUACUUCGUCCAGAACCACGUGAAGCCUGUCGCUCCCAGCACUUACUCGUGGUCGCAGCCUUCUCUGGUGCAAAAACCCUCGAACCAGCUCCUUGGUUACAAUAAUUACGCCAAUGCCAUUGCGGCUCCCAACAAUAAUAAUUGUGUCGUCAGCAAUCACGUCAAGCCGGUCGUCCGCAGUAGCAGCAACGUAACACAGAGCUCUCUAACUAUUCUUGAAGAUCCGCCGGUCAUGAACAAGAUGAAGCUCUUCGGCGUGCCACUUCUGUCGAAGAAGCGGCUGCGCCCGGAGUACAACUCGAGUCCGGUGGGUUACAUGGAGACCAACAAGGCUCGUUUGGUGUUGGAGAAGGACGACUUAGGGUUGAAUCUUAUGCCUCCUUCAACUUGUUAAGGUUCUUGCCGAUGAUUAUGAUGAUGAUGAUCAGUUUUUCGUGCAUUAUUUGAAGAAGCUGAGGCCGAGGUUUCUUGUCUUUUCCUUUUCCUUUAGUUUAUUUUUGAAGAGGUUUUCUUUUCUCUUUUUUUUUUCCCCUUUUUUUCGCUUUAAUUAUCUUCUUGCCCUCAGAGUCUGAUAUAUAUUGAUGAGAGUUAUGUGUGUGCGUGCGUUAUGGGUGUUUGUGAUCUGUACAUAUCUUUUUCCCCUCCUAACCAUUUAAUACAGGUGGGCUAUAUCUUGAUUAGAGUGAUAUCAUCAAAAGCUUUAAGUCCAAA